UAUGAGGUACGGAACCUUAAAAACGAUUAAUUAUUUCCGGAAUAGGCAUGAUGAGAACAUCGUCUUGAGUCUAGUCUCACUCGUAACGAGCCUAUAACAAGAACUAACGGCCGAAGCUGACAUUGACACAGAUAGUAAACAGUCUGUUAACACGUUGCGCCCGCGCAACACAUAGGGAGCACAUAGCUUAUCACUAAUAUUAUAUCCAAAUGUGAUCGGAAAAUCGUAUAUAAAAUUGUUUAUAUAAACAUAACUGAAUUUCUUAUUUUCGGGAUAAUGUCGUUAAUUUUUUUUUAUUUAUGGUUUUUGCUAGUUGUGUGUGAGUGUCAAAAGGUACCCCCCAAUAUUGUAUUUAUUGUUGCUGACGAUUUGGGUUGGAACGAUGUGGGCUUCCACGGCUCCAACCAGAUUCCGACACCGAACAUCGACGCCCUCGCAGCGUCGGGCCUCAUGCUGCACAACUACUACGUCACGCCCAUAUGUACACCCUCCAGAGCCGCGCUCAUGACCGGCAAAUACCCGAUACACACUGGCGAGUAACGUCUGUUUGUUGUUUAU